AGCGAUCAGAGCAGUGUGUGCACCAUCAGUCGGCUCUGAGCAGGAUGAGAACAGCUUUUGCUGUCACCUCCCUUCUCGUCUCCUCAGGGCCGCCUCAUGCGAAAGACGGAAAAGACGCAGAGCACUUUGAAGCAUCUAUACUUGAUGGAAACAGCUGACAGCUGAAGGCCAGACCUGAGGAUUCAGUACAACAGGCUGUUACGUGCUUCUACUUUGGAGUUUUUCAGUCUACUGUUGCUUUUGAGACGGAUUCUACAGGUGUGUGUUUGUGUGUGAGCGCUUGACUCCUCAAGAAUCAUCUACAGGUGUGUUUACCUGCCUCGGGGGAUCUAAACAGGUGCAAAAGUUUUCCGGACUACCUUGACGAUGACCACCAUGCAGAAGUUGCUCCAGCUGCCGGUGAACGCAGUGAAUAUGGUGAAGAGCGUGCAGGGGGGCGGUCAGGGCGAGGAGGAAGCUCUGAGUCCGGUGCUGACGCCCGACAGCGGCCCGCAAAACUGGUACAGCGCCGUCCAGCCCGAAGAACUCCGACACCUGAAAUCUGGGGGGGCGGGAGGGGGGGAGUGGUCUGAGGAGCGACCUGCGCUGGAGGAGGGGCUUACCAGCGUUCAGUCGCAACCCUUACGACAUGAUGAUCUGAAGGAGAUGCUGGACAGUAAUAAAGACUCCCUGAAGCUGGAGGCCAUGAAACGCAUCGUAGCGAUGAUCGCCCGGGGGAAGAACGCGUCAGACCUCUUCCCUGCAGUGGUGAAGAACGUGGCCUGUAAGAACAUCGAGGUGAAGAAGCUGGUGUAUGUGUAUCUCGUGCGCUAUGCCGAAGAACAGCAGGAUCUCGCUCUGUUGUCCAUUUCCACUUUCCAGAGAGGACUGAAGGACCCCAACCAGCUGAUCCGUGCGAGCGCUCUGCGUGUGCUGUCCAGCAUCAGAGUGACCAUCAUCGUGCCCAUCAUGAUGUUAGCCAUCAAAGAGGCGGCGUCUGACAUGUCUCCAUACGUCCGCAAGACCGCAGCUCAUGCCAUACCCAAACUACACAGUCUGGACCCAGAACAGAAAGAUCAGCUGAUUGAAGUCAUCGAGAAGCUGCUGGCUGAUAAAACCACACUGGUAGCGGGCAGUGUGGUGAUGGCGUUUGAGGAAGUGUGUCCGGACCGCAUCGAUCUGAUCCAUAAGAACUACCGUAAGCUGUGUAACCUGUUGAUUGAUGUGGAGGAGUGGGGUCAGGUGGUCAUUAUCAACAUGCUUACGCGCUACGCCAGAACGCAGUUCCUCAACCCCAACAUCAACGAGUCUCUGUUAGAGGAGAGCGGCGAGAAGGCAUUCUACGCCUCUGAUGAUGAGGAGGAAGAUGAAGAUAAGAAAGCCGAGGCGGCCGCUCUACCGAAGAGGAAGCCGUACGUGAUGGACCCCGAUCACAGACUCUUACUGAGGAACACCAAACCUCUGCUGCAGAGCCGCAAUGCUGCCGUGGUGAUGGCAGUAGCUCAGUUGUACUUCCAUUUGGCUCCAAAAGCAGAGGUGGGCGUCAUCGCUAAGGCUUUGGUCAGGUUAAUGCGCAGCCACAGUGAAGUGCAGUACGUCGUGCUUCAGAACGUCGCCACAAUGUCCAUCAAGAGACGGGGCAUGUUUGAGCCGUAUCUGAAGAGUUUUUAUAUCCGCUCCACGGAUCCCACGCAGAUCAAAAUCCUCAAGCUGGAGGUUUUGACUAAUUUGGCUAAUGAGACGAACAUCUCCACUAUCCUGAGAGAAUUUCAGACGUAUAUUAAGAGCAUGGAUAAGGAUUUCGUGGCGGCCAGCAUUCAGGCCAUUGGUCGCUGUGCUACAAACAUUGGUGAGGUCAGAGACACCUGUCUGAACGGCCUCGUACAGCUGCUGUCCAACAGAGACGAGCUGGUUGUGGCUGAAUCAGUGGUGGUGAUCAAAAAGCUUCUGCAGAUGCAGCCUGAACAGCACAGCGACAUCAUCAAACACAUGGCCAAACUCAUCGACAACAUCCAGGUGCCGAUGGCCAGAGCGAGCAUCCUGUGGCUGAUCGGCGAGUACUGCGAGCACGUCCCCAAAAUCUCCCCCGACGUCCUGAGAAAGAUGGCCAAAACGUUCACCAAUGAGGAGGACAUCGUCAAGCUGCAGAUUAUCAAUUUGGCUGCCAAACUGUACCUUACUAACUCAAAACAGACUAAACUGUUGACGCAGUAUGUACUGAACCUGGCAAAAUAUGAUCAAAACUAUGACAUCAGAGAUCGGGCCCGCUUUAUACGGCAACUAAUUGUUCCCACUGAUAAGAGCGGCGCUCUCAACAAAUACGCCAAGAAGCUUUUCCUUGCACUUAAGCCCGCCCCCGUCCUGGAGUCUCCAUUUAAAGACAGAGAUCACUUCCAGCUGGGGUCACUGUCUCAUCUGCUGAACGCUAAAGCCGCCGGAUACCAGGAGCUGCCCGACUGGCCCGAAUCAGCGCCUGACCCGUCCGUGCGCAACGUGGAGGUUAUUAGGCUGCUCGAAAGAGUCACCACUUUAACCAGCAUUCCAGACUGGAGCAAAUGCACAAGCCGAAAGGAUCGUAAGGAGAAGAAAGCAGAGAAACCGUUCUACUCGGACUCUGAAGGAGAAUCUGGCCCGACCGAAUCAGCAGAUAGCGAAUCAGACUCGGGCAGCAGGUCAGAAAGCGCUAGCGGCAGUGAUGAAAGCGGCUCCGGUUCAGAGAGCGAAGAGAGUGGAGAAGAGACCGAGUCUGAGGAGGAAGAGGAAGAUGAGGUGGAAGAAAAGAAAAAAAAGAAAAGACUGGACAAGACCAAAGCAAAGAAGCCAGUGGAGGAGAGCGCAGAGAGUGAACAGAGCAGCGGCGCCGAGGACAGGAAACGAGGCAGGAAGGCAGGGAAGAAUCAGAAGAGUGCUUCAGAGUCAGAGAGCGAAUCAGAGAGCAGCGAAUCAGAGGAGUCGUCGGAAGAGGAGUCUGGGGAGGAGUCUGAAUCUGACACUGACAUCAGGAAGAAGAAGACGCCCGUAUCAAAACAACCUCCCAAACAAUCCAAAAAAGAGAGCAAGAAGGAGACGCAAGAAAUGUCUUUGUUGGAUCUGGAUGACUUUGAACCAGCCCCAACAUCAGCUCCAGUGACUCCGAGUAACUUCCUGUCCAGUAGUCUGGUUUCUGAUCUAGAGGGUUUAUCACUGACUGACACUAUUCUGGCACCUACAACCAUUGCACCUUCUGGUUCGAUAAAGAUGUAUGAGCUCCUGCAUCGUAUAACGGGCGAGGGUCUUGCGGUCGAGUACUGUUUCAGCCGGCAGCCCUUCAGUCCAGACCCCAACAUGGUGGCCGUCCAGAUCCAAUUCACCAACAACACCAACUCCGAGACCAAAAACCUGCAUAUCGAGGAGCCCAAGCUGCAGUCCGGGAUGAGGAUCCGAGAGUUCUCUGAGAUAGAGGUGUUAGCAGCAGGUGACUCGGUUACCGUGGUGAUGGGCAUAGAUUUCUGUGAUUCUACGCAAGCAGCAAACUUCCAGCUGUGUACUCACACCCGCAAAUUCUUCGUUACGAUCCAGCCGCCCGUCGGGGAGCUAAUGACACCGGCGUUUCUGACAGAAAACGACUUUAAGAAGGAGCAAGGUAAACUGAUGGGAAUGAAUGAAAUCUCAGAGAAGUUGUCGCUAGGAGAGAAAUGUGUGAACGAACACGUCAUUGUUGAGAGAGUCACGGCCACCGCCAACUUGAGCAGGGUACCUUGCGGUUCUGAUAAAGAGUGCAGUACACCUCCUCCUCCUCCUCCUCCUUCCGCUCCUGUUUACAGAUUCGCAGGUAAAACGGUCAGCAGCGGCUGUCUCGUGCUGGUCACCGUCGCUACGAAGGAAGGCGGCGGAGCUCAGCUGACGGUGAACUGCGAGAAGAUGGUGAUCGGCACGAUGCUGGUUAAAGAUAUUCUGCAGGCCCUGUCGCAGUGAUGGCGCCCCCUAGAGUCAACACCCUCCUGCUGCUGCUUACCGCAUUGAAUCGCAUCGCUGUGUAGAUAUUUCCUCCACGUGGACUGGCUUGUAGCAUCAAAAAUAUACUGAUGUCAGAACCACGAUGACAACAACAACAUUCACGGCCCCAUAAUCAGGAUGUUCCUCCUCUGUUGAAUGUUGCAUGGCAUCAAAGAGUCAGUGUACCAUAAACCUGCCGAAUUACUGCACAAACCUGUGUCAGUUUUAGUUUAGGAUCUCUUUAGGAUAUACAGUACAGUACAUGGCCAAAAGUAUUUGGACACCACCUUGUAAUCAACCAGCCAAUAACUAUCCAUCAAGACUAAUAAUCAUUUUCUUUCAGAUCAAUCGUUGCCUUUGUGAUCUUCGGAAGCUCAGUGGGGUUUAUUUUUAGCAUUUAGCUUUCACGUAUUCUGAAUGUAACAUCUUACAUCUGAUCCCAGACCACAUCCCAAUGAUGACAGCAGAUUUGUUUCCAAGAAACCACAUCAAACUGGUUUGGAAAACAUGAGCUUUGUUGAACAUGAUCAUAUUAGUAUCGUUACACAGUCGAUUUCUGUCGGUUUAGCAAAAUCAAAAGCUUCAAAACACAUCAGUGUGAAUUCACUGCCUUCAGAUUUUGUAGCAACCUCAUCUAAUCUCUCUUGAAAAGAAAUGUCCGUCUUUUCUGUUUUGUUGAAUUUGACUGGUGUUUCACUCAACGUUCAUCAGCUUGUUCUCGUGAAGCUCUCAGAGGAGUACAGUAACUCACAAUCCCAUUAUUUUAAAUGCAAUCUGAAGCUGUUUAUCCUGGUGCAGACUCCAUUAGUAGUUAGUUUUAGACCAAUUUUUUGUUAUGAUGAUGUGCUUGUUGGCAUAAAACAGAUCUUCCUCCUCCCCCAGGUCAACAAAUGAAAUCCAGCUUUACUGACUGACCUCUGUGUGACUGUGGGAAAUCAUGUGUUGUUUGAAUAUUAUAUCUCUAUUUAUUAUAAAGAGUUUUAAAUGUCAAUAAAAGAGAACACACACUCAAA